AGAUUCACAAGAUAAAACACGGAAACAGUUUCAAUUGUUCUCGUAUUUGGGACACGGGAGAAGAGAGGGAAACAAAUAGAUAAAACGUUUUGCAGUUCAUAAAAUUAUUGAAAGCGUGUGUUUUGUUUAGUUUCAAAGUGGAUGAUUGACGCAGUGCUUUUAAGGCUCGAUUUCAUUUUUCUAACCUGCUUGAUAGUUUUGUGACUACACUUCAUAAAAGGUGAUAAUGAAUAGAAAAAGGCCAUUGAAAAGUAUAAGCUCCUAUUCUACUCGACAUCGUCGCAGACUUCGGCAAGAAGAGAUACAAUUGUUAUCGGAGGCAUUAGUAGAUGAUAUUGAUUCUUUCUCACAGAUCAGUUCAAAUGUAAGAGAAUACGAGUUGUUGCAAACCAACGAAAGCAACAAAAGCAAAUAUGACAAUAUCAAUCUUCAAGACAAUCAUUAUGAUGAUAAUGAUAAUGAUAAUAAGGAACAAGUACAAAAGGAUUGCGAAACGGAAAUUUUAUGGGAUGAAUAUGAAUAUAAAUAUCUCCACGCUCGUAGAUCUACCGAUUCUGAAUCUUCGGAACAAGAAGACGACAUUAAUGAUAAAGUAGCUAAUUUGCCACUAUUUCAAGAGAACCAAGAACAAGAGAAAAAUGAGCCAAUAAAAAAAUUCCUUACCGACUGGGCAAUUACAUAUCACAUCAAUCAUGAUGCGUUAUCACAAUUAUUAAGACGGUUACGACAGCAUGAGUGCGCUGAAGUUUCCAAUUUACCUGUAGAUUCACGGACACUUCUGCAAACACCAAAAAAAACCAUAUUACGAGAUGUUCCACCGGGAAUGUAUUACCAUUUUGGCUUAAGAAGUGGCAUAUUAAAAAUAUUAUCUUCGGUAACUGGUGACCUUCCAGAUUGCAUUAAUUUGCAACUUAGCGUCGACGGACUACCACUUUGGAAAUCAAUGCCAGAUCAGUUGUGGCCAAUUUUAGCAUCUGUAAUACCGUAUGGAAAUGUUUUCACUGUUGGAAUUUAUUGUGGAAAAGAAAAACCCGCCUGCGCUAAUAUUUUUUUUGAAGAUUUAGUAGAAGAAGCUAAAAUAUUAUGUUCAGACGGCAUUAUAUUGAAUGGUCGACAUUUCCCUUGCUAUAUACUUCAACUGAUAUGUGAUACACCAGCAAAGUCGUUUGCAUUAAGCAUAAUAUCACAUACGGGUUACAAAAGUUGCACAAAAUGGACAGUUGAAGGAGAUUACAUCGAAAAUCGAGUUUGUUUUCCAAAUUUUGGUGCACCGCGAAGAACAGAUGAAGAUUUUAAAAAUAAAAUUGAUGAAUCAUAUCAUAAAGGCAGAGGUAUUACAUGCAAUCUAUUGGAAAUACCAAAUUUUGGCCCAGUUACGAAUGUACCCGAAGAUUACAUGCAUCUAGUUUGCUUGGGAGUCGCUCGUAGAUCAUUAAAUUUGUGGUUAUGUGGGGACUUUAAGUAUCGUCUUCGACCUCUUAUACAGGAAAAAAUAUCAGCACGCUUAGAAAACGAGUUGUUACCAUGUCUUCCAAUUGAAUUUGGACGAAAACCAAAGUCGCUGAGAUAUGCUAGAAUGUGGAAAGCUACAGAAUAUCGCCAAUUCUUGUGCUACACNGGUCCUGUAGCUUUAAAAUCAAAGUUGCGACCUGAUUUAUAUAAUCAUUUUGUAUCUUUGCACGUGGCCGUAAGAAUAAUGUGCUGUGAAAAAUUACACUUUCUUUUGCCAUAUACACAACAGCUGCUAGAACAUUACGUUAUUUCUUUCGCAAAAUUGUACGGACGUCACAAUGUCUCGCACAAUGUCCACGGGCUUAUACAUCUUGUUGAGGACGUUGAAAAGUUUGGUUCUUUAGAUAAUUUUAGCACAUAUAAAUUUGAAAAUUAUAUGCAAACAUUUAAAAGACUUGUAAGAAAACCUAAUCAGCCCUUACAGCAAAUUGUACGACGAAUAGCUGAAAUGGAAAACAACACUAUUGUUAUUAAGGCUUUCAUGGAUAUUGAAUUUAAAGUUGAACUCAAAUCAGAACAUCAAGCUGGGCCUCUUAUUGCACGUUGUAGUGACCCUCAAUAUAAAAUUAUAAGACGUGGAAAUGUGACACUACAGGCAGGCAACAAUGCAAAUUGCUGCUGUGGUUUAAGUUGUGGAAAAAUCGUUCUUAUAGAAAACAUAGCAUAUUGUUUGCAACUAAAGAGUUUCGUAAUUAUAGGACGAGAAUUUNUUCAUAAAAAUGACGUGUAUAAGCAACCUUGCAAUUCUUCAUUAAUUGGAAUAUAUGCAGUACAUACGCUGUCGGAAUUACAAAUAUGGCCUUUACAAAAAUUUUCUGAUGGAUUGCAACUGAUACCAAGCAAUUGGUUAAAUGAGGACAUGUCAAUGGCUCGAUGGCCCACUUUGACAAAUGUACAGCGCUAUGAGAAGGCUAUUCGAAACAUGGAACCACCUGAGGAAUCAUGGACNAACAUUCCAGUAAUAAAAGUGAUGGCCAAGGAUUCAUCGUAUGAGAAAGCUAAGGCCAAGCUAAAAGAUGCAGAAUUAUUAACGGAUUUUGAUGAAAAUUCAGACGCAAGAGCAGAAAAGUUAAAGCGAUCUAGAAAAAAAAGAGCACGAGUGAGCACAAGCAGCUGCGACGAAGAGGAAUUUGAUGGAAUUGAAGUUCAAUUAGACCCUUUUCCCCAUCCUUNUCAAACCAUCAAUUCAAAGAAUACUUUCAUUAACACUUACAAAGCAAAGAAAGAAAAAG